CUAUUCUUGGGUCCUUGCGUUGAACUGACAGUUUUGUUUCCAUCAUGGCGGCGUCCAGCAGAGAGCAUGUACUGUCACUCUACAGGCUGCUUCUGAAGGAGAGCAAGAAGUUCCCCUCUUAUAAUUAUAGGACGUACGCUCUACGAAGGGUACGAGAUGCCUUCAGGGAGAACCGGACAGUGGAAGAUCCGAAAGUUGUAGAGGAGCUGCUGAACAAGGCCCGGGACAGUUUGGCUCUCAUCCAAAGACAGCUCCGCCCCCCAACGCUAGUGGAGGAGCAGGAGCGGUGGAGAACGAGGACACGCCCACUCUGGCCGCUUGACUCCUCCGUUUGGCACCUGGACCAUAAUGCACCUUGCUCUCUCAUCAUCCCAUCAGUCAUCUGACUGCGUCCCUCGAGAUCCUGCGCUCGUCUGCGUCAGUUGCCCCUCUCUCCUCUGUUUUAAAGCGAGGUUAUGGACAGGAGACACCAGGAGAGCGGCUGAAGUUGACAGAUGGUCCGUGUCACCGGGACGCAGGGAAUAUUUACAGAGGGCCACCCCUGCUCCGAAAUGGAUCUUAAUGUUCCUCUUUGCUGAGCCAUCACUAUGAAAAAUGAACAUGUGCACCUCCUUCGCCAACCUUGCAUCUUUUCCUUCCGCUUUGACUUUUCCCCCGCCCCGGCCCGGCAAUUUGCCGCAUGUUCUGGUGUGUCUUUAUAACCGAUAGCUUUCUUGACUCUUUCUGAGACGUCUUUAAUAGAGCGGCCGCGUGUCGCUUUUAGACGAAUCAUCGGUCAACACACAAAAUGCGGGUGCGGUGGAGACCUGUGGUGCGUUUAUGGAGUGGACGGGAUGGACUGCAGCGCUCCGGCUGGACUCAUUUUGUAGCGUCAACGAAUUUAACACAAGGGGAUAAUUAGAGAAAGAUUAUGCUUGUGCUGAGAAAUCACUGCUACUGUGCAGGGGUCUCGUCUCUUAUUCUGCACUGUUUAAUUUUAGACAGAACCGAAGAUACAUUCAUUAGAUCCAGCAUUUUAAGAUAAAUGUUAGUUAAAAAAACAAACAAACAGCUAUAUA